AUGAUGGAGCAGAUCGUGAAGAGGAAGAAGAAAGGAAGGCCGCCGAAAGCAGAUCGAGGCACUCGAGAUCCGCCUCCGCCGCCUCCGCCGCCGCCGCAGCAGAAGCAGCAGCCGGAGAACGACCUCCGGCGCAGCCUUCGCCGCCGGAAUGUGAAGUACGUCUUCGACCUCGACGAUUACUUCGACGACGACGACCUAUUCACCGACGACGAGAACCGGAGCCGGAGGGAGAAGAAGCUGGAGCAACUGCUCAAGCUCCAGGCCGGGAGCGAGUCCGAAUCUACCGCUCCGCAGAGGAGCCGCUUCCGGCGCGUGUACCACGCGCCCGCCGCGUCAGUAUCCUCCUCGGAGGACGACGACGGCGACAAACCCUCCAAAAAACGGAGAAUUAACGGAUACCUGGACCGGGAUUCAGAUGAUGAUGAUAACGAUUACCCUAAUGAGGAAGAUAAUUACAAUGAGGAAGAGGAAGAAGAAGAAGAGGUGAAGAUUAGAGCAAGAAAGCCGGAUUUCCAAGCAGAGGAGUCACCUCCAGGGACACCAGCCGAGAGACCAUCUGGGCUCCCGCUGCCUGAUAAGAGGGCCUUGGAGUUAAUUUUGGACAAGCUUCAGAAGAAGGAUAUUUAUGGCGUUUAUGCAGAACCGGUUGAUCCUGAAGAACUUCCGGAUUAUCAUGAUAUAAUAGAGCAUCCAAUGGACUUCACUACCGUGAGGAACAAGCUGGGAAAUGGAUCAUAUGCAACCUUUGAACAAUUUGAGAGAGAUGUUUUUCUCAUUUGCUCAAACGCAAUGCAAUACAAUGCACCGGAUACCGUAUACUACAAACAUGCACGCACCAUCCAAGAGCUGGCGAAAAGGAAAUUCGAAAAGCUAAAAUUAAAGAUGGAGUGCAUGGAAAAAAAUGAUUUUAAACCCGAACAGAAGUCGAGACCUGCCUCUACUUUGAAGAAGCAGAUUAAAAGUCCUAUUGGUCGACAAAUGGUGCAAGAACCCGUGGGCUCUGAUUUCUCCUCUGGGGCCACUCUCGCAACUGCUGGUGAUGAUCAUACUGUCUCAAAUGCACUUCAACAACCUGAUAUUGUUGAUGGGCCUGCCGAGGAUAAUUCAUUUGGCAACGAUAGCAAUUUGGACAAGAUGGAAGAAUCUUUGCCAGGAAAGGGUCAAUCGUCUCGAAUUGGUAGAAAACCUUCUUUAGUUGACGAAAACCGGCGCGCAACAUAUGCCAUCUCUCUAUCUGAAGUAGUGGUCAGCCCAGACUCGAUUUUCUCGACUUUUGAUGGCGAAACCAAGCAUUUGGUUCCUGUAGGGCUGUACGCAGAUCAUUCAUACGCGAGGAGCCUGGCCCAUUUUGCGGCGACCCUGGGGUCUGUUGCCUGGAGAGUUGCUUCAAAGAGGAUUGAAGAGGCUCUGCCCCAAGGGUGCAAGUUCGGCAAGGGUUGGGUCGGAGAGUACGAGCCACUUCCAACUCCCGUGUUAAUGCUCAAAAAUCGCCCAAUAAAAGAACCGCCUUAUUUUGCCAAAGUGCAACCCACUGCACAUCCUAAGACGUUAGAAAAUACGCCUACUAAUUUGAUCUCAGAAAGCCAAGCCACAUUGCCAUGUUUUAACCCUCCCGUGAGCAAAACACGAGCUCCUGUCAUAACUGUUCCAACUGUGGGGAAUAAUAUUCCGGAGAAGAAAGCGCCUUUCUUCCUAUCUCCCGGGGCCCGUUUGAAUUGUCUUCACAAUCAAAGUUUCCAAUCAAGGGAUUUUUCCGAAACCAAUAAUAAUUCCUUCCCGAGGCACAUUGAGUCUAACGGUGUUCCUUCAGUACAUAAGAAUUCAGCUGACCUCGUCGGCAGCAGACAGAUUCCCAGAACUUCAGAAGCAGAAGCUUCCAGAUCUCCUCGAAACAAAAGCUUCCCUCCACCCGAACCUUUUAUAAAGAAGCCAGACGCCAGUGGGCCCGCUUUCCAAAGAGUACCCGACGGGAAAAUAGCUAACAAUUACCCUGAUUUGGGUCGAUCCGUGAGCUAUUAUCCUCACCAUGAACCGGGCCCGGGCCUAAGCGACCCGGUCCAACAAAUGAGACAGCUGUCUGAAAAGGCUCGCCAAAACCAGCACAAGCUUCCAAACCAAUCCUCCCCCAAUGCUCCUCAAAUGUUGUCCCCGUCCCUGAAGUUCACAGGUAACGACCCGAACAAUGCUGCCUUAUCUGCUGCACGUGCGUGGAUGUCCAUGGGGUCUGGAGGGUUCAGACCAACUGCUGAGAACUUGAACAAGAUACAUUCAGGCUCGCUUAAUAACUCCACCCGUGAAAUGCAUUCUCAGGCAUGGAGACUCCAGGGGGAGUUUCAUGCUCCUCCCAGGCUGCUGCAACAGCAACACACACAGGAGAAGAAUAUUUCGAAUAUUUCGCCCGUUUAUGGUUUUGUAGGGCAAGGGCAGAUGCCGGUUAUGGUGGGAGGCAAUCAGAUGGUGCAGCUUCAGAAUCAGCGUUUGGUUUUCCCACAGCUGGCAGGUUCUGAUUUGAUGAUGCACCCGCCUGCAUGGCGGGGUAUCAGCCACCAAAUGGAGCUGAGGCAGAAGCAGGACAAUUUUCCUCCGGAUUUGAAUAUUGGGUUUCAGUCAUCGGGGUCGCCUGUGCAGCCAUCGUCGGGGGUGCUACUUGAUUCUCAGCAGCCGGAUUUGGCUCUUCAGCUAUGA